AUGUCCUCCACCAUCUUCAACCCUUCUAUGCUGACUGCAUUUCCUUCUCCCUCUCCCUCACCUGAACCUGAGGAGCACCUGCUAGAGGGUGGCAACGCGUCUGUCGACGACGCCACUCUCGAUGAUGCAGCUCUGAAGGAGCCUGAGGAGUCCGAGUCCGACCGGGUGGAACGCACUUGGGCCGCCGUGCUCAACACCAUGCGCGUCUGUGUGGACACUGCUCCUCCCUCCAAGCCGGAGCUCUUGGAGGAGCAGGAGUCUUGGCUCCGUGACUGGAAUGUUGCGAUGGCCGAUAUGACCGUCGUAUACGAGCGGGCGCGUGCAGCUUCGCUGAACGUGUCUUUGAACGACAUGGAUGUGGUGACGUUAGCCGAGGGCAAGAUUGCCGCUAGGACACUGACAAGAGCCAUGAAGGCAUGGAAGGAGAAGGCGGAAGAAUCUGCGCGUUUGGGUGGGCGGAUGACCGCGACCUCGGUCAAUCGUCCCGCUGAGUGUUGUGAACACUGCGCCACGUCUGGUGCCAAGUGCGUUGUCGUUCACGUGGGCGGGCAUUGUGAAGUGUGCAUUAAAGUGCGGAAGGUGUGCUCUUUUGUUGCGACCAAGAACAAGGGAUGCACGCCGGCUGCGCCCAAGCGCAAGGUGCCUCCCUCUGUGCAGACAACUGCACCGGACACGGCUGAGUCGGAAGUGGAGAUUGUGGGUGAGGCUAUGGCCGAUGAACCUGCUGUCGGUCCUUCCAAAGCCAUCGUCAUGCAGCAACCAAAGCGCAUGCUCGACUCGGACGCUGUUCCUGCGGCGAAGCGCCCUUGUCUGGAGGUCGACCCGGAGUUGGAAGAAGCAUGUGCAGAAGCCGUUCGUCUUCGCAACGAGAACGCUAAGCUCCGCACGCAAAACGAUAAGUACCGCCUUGCGCUUAUCAACAUGCGCCAGCACACGUGCAUCCAGGAGUCCGAGUUGCUCCACAUGAGCAACCAGCUCUAUAUCUUGGCGCGCGACUGGGGGAAUUGGGAGAAGGAGCUUGGGGAGGUCCUAGAGGAUUAG